CUUUAAUUCACACAUGCGUAAUAAGGGUAUUAAAAAAAAUACAAAAACCCCGAAAGAUUCUAAGAAUCCGUGAACGAUAAGCCGUGCCCGACCCUGCACAACUCACCACACUAUUUAAGCCAAGGAAUUGCAAUUUGUGCAUUCAGUUAAUAACGAUCCAUGGUUUAAUUAGAAGCACUGAAAAAUGCUUUGUCCAAAACAGCAUCAAGACAGUUGCGCUUUCUACUCAAAACUACAUGAGAAAUUUGAACUUCCUUGUCAACCCUCAAGGUGUGAGUGGGAAGUGAGUGGCUUAUCAUCCAGAACAUGUCCACAUAGCAAACAAGAGUGGAGACUUAAAUGCAAAGUAUAUCCAGACGUCAACGCGGCGAUUGGCAACACCCCACUGAUAAAGUUGAACAAAAUACCUCAAGCGGCCGGACUCAAGUGUAACGUUUAUGCGAAAUGUGAAUUUCUAAAUCCGGGAGGGUCUGCCAAGGACCGCGUCGCCAAAAGGAUGAUCGAGGAUGCCGAAAGGGCUGGACUCUUGAAACCCGGAAUGACCGUAAUCGAAUCCUCCUCCGGAAAUGCCGGAAUCGCAUUGGCCCUACAAGCUGCCAUCAAAGGUUACAAAGCGAUUAUCAUCAUUUCGGAGUUCAGCGCCAUCUCUCCCGAGAAACUUGCGGUGCUGAAUGCUCUUGGUGCCGAACUAGUGAGAACUCCCAAGAGUGAACCUAUUGACUCAGAAUCUGGAUUUAUUGGGAUCGCUACUAAAUUACAUAAAGAAAUUCCUGAUUCGAUUAUUCUGGAUCAGUUCACGAACCCCUCGAGCCCUUUGGCGCAUUACGACACGACCGCAGAAGAGAUUCUGGAUGCUUUGGAUGGAAAAGUGCAUAUGGCUGUUAUAGGUGCUGGUACCGGGGGUACCCUAACCGGUCUAGGGCGAAAACUCAAAGAAAUCAACCCCAAUACAAAAAUCGUAGGGGUAGACCCAAUCGGAUCAACCCUCGCCCUACCCGAGGCACUGAACGUAACCGAAGAUAACCACUUCGAAGUUGAUGGUAUUGGUUUCUGUUUUAUCAGUACAGUAAUGGACCGAAAUAUCGUCGAUGAAUGGGUGAAAACUGGUGAUAGGGAGUCCAUGUUAAUGUCCAGACGGAUUAUAAGGGAAGAAGGAUUAAUGGUCGGUAAUAGUAGCGGGGCAGCCCUUACCGCAGCCCUUAAACAAGGAAAAAAAUUGAGGGAGAAUGAAAAUUUGGUGGUGGUGUUUGCUGAUGGUGUACGUAAUUAUCUUACAAGGGGUUUUGUUUCUGAUCAAUGGAUGGAGCUUAGAGGUUACAGUACGCCUGUUAAUCGGAAUAAGCUUUGGUGGUGGGAACAUCCUGUAAAAGAACUCAAGUGGCAAGAGUUACGUUUAUUACACGAAAAGGCAACAUGUCAACAAACCUUACAGGCUAUGAACCACAACGACAUAAUCCAUAUCGGAAUCACUAAUAACCUGGUACAUUUAAUCGGAAUCGUAUCCAAGAGGGAGCUUACAAACAGCAUCCUAUCCCAGCAUCGUCAACCUGAAGACGAAAUAACUCUUGCCAUGAAUCCAGUUUAUGCCAAAUGUAAUCCGGAGGCUGGAUUGGGACUAGUGUCGAGACUAUUAGAGGCUGAAGACUAUGUGGUGAUCACCAAAGAAACUUCUAAUAAUAGAUCCAGACUUACGGAUAAGCCUUUGGGGAUCGUUUACAACUGUGAUCUCCUAGAAUACGUUUAUAAGGAUUGGAAUGAAAGCACCACCAAAGUGGUUCCUGUAAACUUACAUAAAGAGAUUUUGGUGAAUAGACUUGCUACAUCUAUAAGGAUUCAGUGAUUUUUUUACUUUUAUUCAUAAAUAUAUGUUCCUUAUAAUGUUUAUCUAUCAACUUAUUAGUUCUUACUAUAUUUCUUUAUUAUUUAGUCUAUAAAUGUAUUAUUUUAGAGUAAGGAAUGUUUUUGAAAUAUAAAUAUUUUUAUGGCCUA